AGCGAGAAGGGUUCUUCCUGCCGGGUGCUGCAUUUCCACGGCUCUGCAAGGUAAGACAUGGUGAAACAUAACAAUGUUGUGCCUAAUGGGCACUUUAAAAAGCACUGGCAAAACUAUGUGAAGACAUGGUUUAACCAACCUGCUCGCAAAACAAGAAGACGCAUUGCUCGUCAAAAGAAAGCUGUGAAGAUCUUUCCAAGGCCCACAGCAGGACCUCUUCGUCCUAUUGUUCAUGGACAAACAUUGAAGUAUAACAUGAAAUUGAGGGCUGGGAGAGGAUUUUCUCUUGAAGAACUCAAGGCUGCAGGUAUUCCAAAGAAACUUGCUCCUACAAUUGGAAUAGCUGUUGAUCAUCGCAGAAGGAACCGUUCUUUGGAGAGCCUACAGGCCAACGUUCAGAGGCUGAAAACCUACAAGGCUAAGUUGGUUGUCUUCCCAAGACGUGCUCGCAAAUUCAAGGCUGGUGAUUCGGCGCCCGAGGAGCUGGGAACAGCAACUCAAGUACAAGGGGAAUUCAUGCCAAUUGUACGUGAAAAGCCAUCUGUGGAGCUUGUUAAGGUCACUGAUGAGAUGAAGUCAUUCAAGGCAUAUGACAAGCUGCGCAUUGAACGAAUGAACAAGCGGCAUGCUGGUGCCAGGAUGAAGAAGGCUGCAGAGGCUGAGAAAGAAGAAAAGAAGUAGGAAAUGUAACCUUUGUCAAUUAGCAUUCAGAGUUGAUGUUGGUCUACUUUUUUCAAUAUCUGCAUGAUUCUGUUUAUUGGAAAUUUUCUCAAAUACAUUAGUCAUUUUUAGCCUUCGGAAUGUUAAGUUUCUAUGGUAUACAGCAUGGUAAAACUUGUAUUCAUUUUAGUUUUUGGAUC